CAAUAAUAAUUAUGUGGAUUCAGGAGAAAAGCUCACGCUUCCCAACAGCCCAAGUACUGAACUAAAAGCACUUGCUAUGCUUAUUUGAAAAAAACUCACCCCAAAAUUGUGAAAAUAAUCGGUGCAAAUACUCUGGAAUCAAGAUGGAUGGGUGGGAUUUUAUAAAUGAAGUAGGACCUAGCGGCGUCAAGGAUAAAUUUUCUAAUGGGUCGAAACAAAUGGAAUUUGAUGAUGAUGUAGACUUCAACUAUUCUGAUUCUGAAGAUGAGGUGGAUUGUGCCCUGCAAGAACUGGACAAAGGCUUCUUGAAAGGGUUCUGUAAGAAGGCUUCAACGGCGUUCUUCGAGAAAUAUGGUUUAAUUAGACACCAGAUCAAUUCUUACAAUGACUUUGUUAAGCAUGGGAUCCAACAAGUCUUUGAAUCCAUUGGGGAGAUUAUGAUUGAACCUGGAUAUGAUCCUACAAAAAGAGGAGAUGGUGAGUGGAGACGUGCAACUCUUAGGUUUGGAAAAGUCACACUUGAUCGCCCUACAUUCUGGACCGGUGAAAAGUUUUCUUCGGUUGAUGGUGCUAAAGAGUUUUUGGAGCUUUUGCCCAGGCAUGCACAUCUUCAAAAUAUGACCUAUUCAUCCAGGAUUAAAGUUGAGACUUUUCUUCAGGUGUACACAGAAAGCCCCUCGAGAAGUGACAAAUUCAAAACUGGUGUAGAUAUAGUUGUUGAGAAGACAAUACUGAGUGAGACUCAGACUGAUGUUAACUUUGGGAGACUCCCUGUCAUGGUGAAAUCGGACUUAUGCUGGAUGAGUUCACCUGAACCUGAUGGUAAAGAAAAAAGAGAUUGUGAAUUUGAUCAAGGGGGUUAUUUUGUUAUCAAGGGUGCUGAGAAGACAUUCAUUGCUCAGGAGCAAAUAUGCCUUAAAAGGCUGUGGGUGGCUAAGGAUCCUACAUGGACAGUUGCAUAUCGUCCAGUGGCAAAAAGGAAUCGAGUGUAUAUAAAAUUGAUUCCAAAAGUGGAGCAUUUGAUAGCUGGAGACAAGAUCCUCACUGCCUACUUUUAUGUCACGGAGAUUCCUAUUUGGCUUUUGUUCUUUGCUCUGGGUGUUCCAAAUGAUAGAGAGGUGGUUAAGCUGAUUGGUCUGGACACUGAUGAAAACUCUGCAAUUUCAAAUAUACUCGUGCCAUCGAUAUAUGAUGCUGAUAAGAAAUUUGAUGGUUUCCGUAAGGCAGGCAAUGCUAUUGAGCACAUCAAGAAACUGAUGCAGGGCUGCAAUUUUCCACCUACAGAAACAGUGGAUGAUUUGAUUGAUACCUAUCUCUUUCCCAAUCUGAGGAGCCGGAGGCAGAAGGCUUCUUUUCUUGCCUAUAUGGUCAAGUGCCUGCUGGAGGCUUACAGAGGGCUCCGCAAAGUUGACAAUAGAGAUGACUUUAGGAACAAGAGGGUGGAGUUGGCAGGUGAACUCCUUGAAAGAGAACUGAGGGUCCACAUUAAACAUGCGGAGAGGCGAAUGGUGAAAGCCAUACAGAGAGACCUGUACAAAGAUAGGGAGGUGCAGACCAUCGAUCACUACUUUGAUGCCUCAAUAAUCACCAAUGGUCUUUCCAGAGCCUUCUCAACCGGAGCUUGGGUGCACCCUUACAAGAGGAUGGAAAGAAUGUCUGGUGUAGUUGCUAAUCUGAGGCGAACAAAUCCCUUGCAGGCAGUCUGUGAUAUGCGAAGAACUCGACAGCAGGUCUCAUACACAGGCAGAGUCGGUGAUGCUAGAUACCCGCACCCAUCUCAUUGGGGUAAGGUCUGCUUUCUCUCUACACCAGAUGGAGAAAAUUGUGGUCUAGUUAAGAAUCUGGCCAGCCUGGGUCUUGUCAGUACUAAAAUCCUGGAACUAGAAAGCAUUCUAAAGAGGUUUCAUGAGUGUGGAAUGGAGAAUUUGGUCGAUGAUGGUUCUUGUUUGCUUGAUGGAAAGCACAAAGUUUUUCUAGAUGGAGAUUGGGUUGGAGUAUGCAAAGAUUCUUCAUCAUUUGUUGCUAAGCUGAGACGCAAGAGACGCAAAAUGGAAAUACCUGAUCAGAUUGAGAUCAAAAGAGACAAGCAUCAGGGUGAAGUGCGUAUAUUUGCUGAUGCUGGAAGGAUACUGCGACCUCUCUUUGUUGUCCAGAACUUGAAAAAGAUCAAAGAUUUGAAAGGAGAGUUUUUGUUUCAAUCUCUUCUUAAUAAUGGCAUAGUUGAGUUGAUCGGACCGGAAGAGGAAGAAGACUGUCAAACUGCAUGGGGAAUUGACUACCUGUUCACUGCCGAACUAGAUAACCCACCUGUGAAAUAUACCCACUGUGAGUUUGAUAGUUCUUUCCUUCUAGGUUUAAGCUGUGGCAUAAUUCCGUUUGCCAACCAUGAUCAUGCUAGGAGAGUUCUUUACCAAUCUGCUAAGCACUCUCAGCAAGCCAUUGGGUACUCGACCACAAAUCCUAGCAUUCGAGUUGAUACAAACUCCCAUCAGCUGUACUAUCCCCAGAGGUCUCUUUUCAGAACCAUGCUUUCAGAUUGCCUUGGGAAGUCUAGGUAUGCUGAGCAUCACAAAGGGAUGAUGCCGCGACCUGACUUCUUCAACGGCCAGUGUGCUAUUGUGGCUGUUAAUGUUCAUCUUGGGUAUAAUCAAGAAGACUCACUUGUGAUGAACCGUGCUUCUUUAGAGCGUGGCAUGUUCAGAACUGAACAUGUUAGGAGUUACAAGGCCGAGGUUGAAAAUUCAGAAGCUGUGGGGAAAAGAACCAAGACUGAUGAGUUUGUUAGUUUUGGGAAGAUGCAAAGCAAGAUAGGGCGUGUUGACAGCCUUGAUGAUGAUGGCUUUCCCUUUAUUGGUGCAAAUCUCCAAACUGGUGACAUAGUCAUUGGAAAGCAUGCUGCUUCAGGGGUUGAUCAUAGCAUCAAGCUCAAGCAUACUGAAAGGGGCAUGGUUCAAAAGGUUGUGCUGUCAGCCAAUGAUGAGGGAAAGAACUUUGCAGUUGUGUCUUUGAGACAGGUUCGUGCUCCAUGCCUGGGGGACAAAUUUUCGAGCAUGCACGGGCAGAAAGGUGUUCUGGGGUUUCUGGAGUCUCAGGAGAACUUUCCUUUUACCAUAAAAGGAAUAGUUCCAGAUAUUGUGAUAAACCCACAUGCGUUUCCUUCUCGACAAACACCCGGACAACUUCUGGAAGCUGCCCUUGGCAAAGGGAUUGCACUUGGAGGUGGACUAAAAUAUGCGACCCCAUUUUCCACUCCUUCAGUUGAAGAUAUAACCACCCAACUUCACAGGCUCGGAUAUUCCAGAUGGGGCGGGGAAAGAGUAUAUGAUGGCCGUACAGGUGAAAAGGUUGAAUCUCUCAUCUUUAUGGGGCCAACAUACUACCAGCGUCUUACUCAUAUGGCUGAGGACAAGGUGAAGUUCAGAAAUACCGGGCCGGUUCACCCUCUUACUCGUCAGCCCGUUGCUGACAGGAAACGCUUUGGUGGAAUUAAAUUUGGUGAGAUGGAACGAGACUGCCUUAUAGCCCAUGGUGCAGCAGCCAAUCUACAUGAGCGUCUAUUCACCCUCAGCGAUUCAUCACAGAUGCACAUAUGCAGGAAGUGCAAGAACAUGGCUGGUGUGAUCCAGCGAUCAGUGUUUGGUGGUCAGAAGGUUCGUGGCCCAUACUGUCGAUUCUGCGAGUCUGUGGAAGAUGUGGUGAGGGUGAAUGUGCCAUAUGGGGCUAAGUUGCUUUGCCAAGAACUCUUCAGCAUGGGGAUUUCACUCAAGUUUGAGACUGAGUUGUGCUGAUUUUCUAUGUAAAUCUCUUCAGACAACUAUGCAUUUUGUUCUUAGCUAUUUAUGUAGAUGAAGAUGUAUGUAAGAAUUUCUAACUUGUAUGCAACUUUUCUUAGCUAAUGGCUGCUGUGAAAAACUAUGUUUUGUUUCCA